CAAUAUCAGUCGCUAUAUCUAAAAUAUAUUUAUGUACAUGUAAUUAGUUUGUGAAAAUGGACUUUAUGGAUAUGAAAAAGUUAAGUGAAUUACUCAAUCCAAAAGUAAAUUCUUCAGAUAGUGAAGAUGAUCUUCCCAAACAGUCACUUGUGCAGUUAUGCAAAUCAAAAACCGGUAAAGAUGUUAAAAUAAUUACUAAAGACUGCAUUACGAAUGAAAAAUCGAAUGCAUCAGGUAAAAUCAUUGAGAUACAAACCAUUAAUGAUUUACAAAAGGAUAUAUGGCAAAUCGAUGACAUCAUUGCUGUUCCUGAAGCUAUUGAUGUUAAAGCAGAUAUAAGAUCCAAACCAGAAUAUGAAGUUAAAUUCCAACAGUAUGUAGGAACUGAAGAUGUAUUUUUGCAGAUGGGAUUAAAAACGCCAUUGACAUCGAGUUGUGAAGCAAUGGUUAUAAUUGUAAAAUUGCCAAAUGAACAAUAUGCUGAUAUUUGUAUGGAUGUUAGCGAUGAAGCGGUAGAAGUGAGAAGUCCCAAAUACAGGAUGCAUUUGCCAUUCCAACAUAAUGUCCAUAAACAAUUGUCUAAAUCUUCGUGGAAUUCAAAUACCAGUACACUAACAAUAACAGUUUUUUUAAAAAGAGAAUUCGAUUUUGAUAAUUUCUAAAUAAUUUUUAACGCCAUAUUUUUCAUUGGAACUAGAUAUUCGCCAACUUAAUUAUUAUGUACAUUUUUUUAUUUUAAAUUAUUUGUUUUUAACUACAUAUAAGUUAUUAAAACA